AUGGAGAUGAUCAAUGAGCUCUAUACUAGCAAGACUUUGGACUGUCUUCCAGGAUGUGAGAUUGAGUUGAUCGUUGUCUCCGAUUACAUGUGUUUAUGCACACUCAAGGGCUGCAAGUGUGUGUAUCACCCAGCCACCACCUACAAGUGUGCUUGGUGCACAUGCAACAUGGACAACAUCCACACAUUCGAUCCAYAUUCAUUCGAACUCAGGUCAGACUUUUACAAACGAGAUGGCAAUGAUCGGUCAAAGAACAUGUUGGACGAGAAGGGACCAGACACAUGGAUUGGAGAUGAGUUACACACUCCACUAUGCUCCCUCCAUAUGGUGAUGAACAACACCAGACAGAUGACAAAGAGGUCUGGCUAUUUGUUUACACCGCCUCCCAUCAGGGAGGUGGCCGCGCUAGAGAGAAGAAUCGAUGAGACCUCUGGGAUGAUCCAAAGAUUGAAGAAGCAGUUGGAGAAGACUGCAAAGAAGGUCGCCGCAGCCAAGAAGACAGUCUCAUCCCACAAGAAGGUCGUGGAAGUGUUCAACUCAAAGAAUAGACUCCCACAGGAGGAUGCCAACUCAAUCAACAACCUGGCUGUUGAGCAGGUGCAAUCGAAUGGCAAGCACAAGUGGAUGUUUGGCGGUCUCAUCGUGACACAGGCGUAUGCUAAUAGUAGGCGUUUGGUCAAGACUCACUCCCACAAGAUAGAACAUUUGGUGGGUUUCGUCGAUAGCACCCAACAGGAGAUUGAUCGUCUGGACAUCAUUCUACAACGUGACACCCAGGCCCUCCCCGAGCAAAUCAUGGCCGUCAAUCAAUAUCUGGAUCCGUCUGGUGCUCUUCAGAAUGACACCACCAAGCUUGCUCAACGUUUGAAGAGUGUGCAAGAGGCUGUCCGAGACAAGUUCUUUUCUGCAAUUCGCAAAUGUGGCAUCCAGGUACCCAAGACCGAGUCUGGUGACACCAUUGACAGUGUCUUUGAGAAGCUGACACUCAACUACACAGACACCAUAUCAAUAAUCAACAACUCUGACCACAUAUUUGAUAAUAUGUUACAGUGCCAACAGUUCACCUCGAGACCCGCCCCAGAGGCAGUCGUUCAGAAUGCAGAGGCAAUCGAUCAAGUGCCAGCAGCACCUGCCAAAAGAGGACGUGGUCGUCCUCCCUCUAAGCCAUCCGCUAACCUCACAGCCAAGCCCGACGCCAAGCCCGCAGCCAAGCCCGCAGCCAAACCUGCCGCUCAAAGUACUACAUCUAUAUCCAUUGACAAUUCAACAUCCAUGCCACCAGCCGCACCAACCUUCAAUCAUUCAAUCAAUCAAUCAAUUCAAUCAUCACAUGUAUUAUUAUCCACAACCUCACCCUUGGCACCAUUUGAGACAAGGACGGACUCCAAUAGUCCAAUCAAUCAAUCACUCGAUCAAACGACAAGGACAUCAACAUCGACGACAUCAACAACAUCAACAACAUCAACAACAUCAACAACAUCAACAUCAUCAACAUCUAUAUCCAAUGCGCCGACAGAGCUGAGUGAGACCAAGAGACAAUUCCAUCCAUUGACCAAGACUCAGUCACAAGAUUUGAGGAAGAGGAUUGAGGGUCUACCCUACAGUGUCGCCAAUCUAGAGGUCCAGAAGCUCAAUGUGUUGUGGAAACAAUACACUUUCUUGGUGUUUAUGGCACAGACCAAUCAAUACAGAAUCACUGAGGACCUAUACCUGUCCUACUCCAUCCCAUUU